CAGACGAUGUCGGAGCCGUCGUGGGGGAUGUCGGAUCAUACUCGUGCAAGAUGGGCUUCGCGGGCGAGGACUUUCCCAGGGCCUACUUCACGUCGCUGAUCGGCAGAACGGUAGACUUGGAGGCCACGCGGCGCUUAGAAGCAGAGAUGGACGCCGCCGUUGACAGCGCCGGGAGCCCAGCAAGAGCGAGGGCGGGGGGCAACGGCAAGGGGAAAGCUGCACCCUCCCCCCCCGCCAAUGGGCAGCCCCAGCGGGGAGGCAAGGGGGCCGCAGCUUCGCCGGCCGUGCCAGGGGGCUCAGGGGAAUCAGAAGGGGGCGCCGCGAACGGAGAGGAGAAGGACGAGGGGGACGGCAGGACGGUUUAUCGAUGGCACGUGGAUAGCUUGAUGGGCGGCGGGGCGGACAUGGACGUGGUGCCGCUUAUGGAGGACGGGUUCGUGACGGACUGGGACCUGAUGGAGAAGGUGUGGGAGCACGCCGAGCGGACUCGACUCAAGACGAAGCUGUCGGACCACCCGGUUCUCAUCUCAGAGAAGCCUUUCAACUCUUCCAAGGAGAGGAUGAAGUACACGGAAAUUAUGUUCGAGAAGUUCGGCGUCCCCGCGGAGUUCAUGUCGAAAGACGCGGUGCUUGCGUGUUUCUCUAUAGGUCGGACGACGGCGUCGCUGGUAGACGUGGGGGGGGACAGCGCCGUAGUGACACCGGUGUACGACGGGUGGGUCGAGAGCAAGGGCAUCGUCAAGUCCGUCCUGGGGAGCAGCGCGCUGCAGCGGUAUUACCUGCACCUGCUGGAGGAGGCCAGGGGCGGCGACCCUAUCCCGCCGCUACCGACGACGAUGAUGAAGGCGGUGGGAAGUCUGAGACCAUCGCUGGCCGAACGCCUCCGCAUGGACGUAGCGAGGGACAUGCUGGCGCUGGCGGGGCGGACCUCGGACUCGGCGUUCGAGGCCGACGCUCCCCAGUUCUCCAGCAUACCCUCCGUGCCCUUCCGGCUGCCGGACGGCACUGAGGUAGGGAUAGGCAUGGACAGGUUCAGGGUGCCGGAGUUGCUGGUGAACACGUCGCCGCUGACCGAGGCUCUGUCGGGCGGAGUCGGGAGCGGUCAGGACCCGUCCCCCGGGAUGAGGUUGCUGGCGGAGUCCCUCAGCCGACCGGGCUUCGGAAUGCGUCCGCUUCAGGCGACGGUCGUGGAAUCCGUUCUGGCGUGCGAGCGAGAGCAGCAAGCGCAGCUGUUCAACAGCGUGGUGUUGGCCGGGGGAGGGUGCUGCUUCGAGGGCCUGGCGGAGAGGGUGAAGGCGGAGAUAGAGCAGAGCCUCGACGCCCCGUCCACGGGGUGGAGAGUCAAGGUCCUCGCCGCCGGCAACAACGAGCGAAAGGUCAGUACAUGGCUGGGAGGCUCCAUCCUGGCUUCCCUCGGCAGCUUCCACGAGAUGUGGCUGUCCAAGUCGGAGUACGAGGAGCACGGGGCGCACAUGAUCGACAAGAAGUGUCCAUGA